AUGGUCCGCCAUAAGAAAGAUAACUUCUCGCGAGGAGGAAAGAAACCAUCAAACCCCCGCUCUCGACCAGUGCCCCGCGGUGAUGGCGAUGAUGCCGCGCCCUCUUCGCGUCCCGCUUUCAGGGCCGCCUGCUGGGAUAUGGGACACUGCGACCCCAAGCGGUGCUCUGGGAAGCGUCUUAUGAAGUUGGGUCUAAUGCGAGAGCUUCAUAUUGGACAGCGAUUCCCAGGCGUUAUUGUUUCACCCAAUGCGAAGAAAGUCGUUUCACCCGCCGAUCGAGAGUUGAUGGAGCAACAUGGUGCGGCAGUGGUGGAAUGCUCUUGGGUCCGAGUCAAGGAAGUUCCUUGGUCGCGGAUCGGUGGAAAAUGCGAGCGCUUGCUUCCCUACCUUAUCGCUGCGAACACGGUCAACUACGGAAAGCCUUGGCGUCUGAACUGUGUUGAGGCGCUGGCAGCAUGCUUUUACAUUUGCGGUCAUCGCGAAUGGGCGGAAGAUGUCUUGAAGAACUUCAGAUAUGGUGAAGCCUUCCUGGAGAUCAACUCAGAGCUUCUUGAUCGUUACGCGGCCUGUGCUAGCGAGGAGGACGUCAAGAGAACGGAAGAGGAAUGGCUGGCAAAGAUUGAGCAAGAGUAUGAAGAGAGCCGUGUGGAGGGUGCUGAUGAUAUAUGGACUGUGGGCAAUACAAAUCGUCAGCCUUUGGAUAACGGCAAAGAGAAUGACGAGGAUGAGAACGACGACGACGAAGAGGACAGUGAGGCCGAGGAGGAAAGCGAAGACGACGCAGACAAGGAUCCUUUCGCCAUUUCAGAUGAUUCCGAGGACGAGGAGCAGAUGGCUGAGAUUCGACGCAAAAUUUUGGAGUCCAAAGCAUUUCAAAAUCCGUCUGUUCCGGACAAGGAGCAGCCGGAGAAGAUUGCAAAGCCCGAACAGCCUGUCUACAUUGACUCGGACGCCGAGUCGGGCUCAGCCGGGAGCGAGGACGAAGAUUUCGACAACAUCAUCAACGCAACGACAGUGACAGAUCGCACCGGCAUCAAAGAGAUCCAACGGCGUCGUGGUAAAGAAACCGUCAGCGCGUCCUUCUCACGUACCGAAAUCUCUGCUCCGAAGAGAUGGUGA